AUGGAGCAGUCUAUACCAUCUUUCCAGAGCUUCGUAAAGCGCACGCCGACACCAGAAGCACACAAGCCACUUCCGCCCACGCCACUCCGGACCCGGCGGCCCUCAUCAUUCAAGAGCAUAGACUCCAGACCUUCUUCCCGGUUCACCAGACGCUCAUCCAGUGUCUACAGCCGCAGGCAAAGCGAGUGGAGUAUCCCCUUGGACAGUCCAGAGGAUAUACCCGCCGUGCCAACAUGGCGGCUGGAAGACCUAGCAGACCAGAACUUGCUACUCCGGCCCAUAGCGUACAGUGCGAGUACAUCGCAGCUUGUGACCAAACCCUCGACGCAGCAACAAACACUCGAACCACGAGCUUACAGCCCGCUGAUAGUCACUCCAUCGCCCACAGCAAGUCGGAACACAACACCUUCUCCUGCCCCAUCAGAGCCUCAGGAGAAUGUCCUCCUGCCUCCACCUGCAGGGUUCAUGCAAGUGCCAAAGAAGCACCUCCGGACCGUAUCACUAGAAAAAGCAAAAGAAAUGUUACAGGCACCCGGGGCUCUACGGCUUCUACCAGAAGAACUCCGAGCGCAGCAGCAAGCACAGGCAACGCCCGCACAAGCCCCUCCAGCUCUGACCAAGUCUCGAUCCCAAGAACCCCUCCGCAAAAGCUCCUCCGCCAUGAUCGGCCUCGCCGACGACCUCGCCCAAAACCCAACCAUCUCGACCCUAAUCGACCUCCAAGGCCGCGAGCGCGUGGUCAGUAUUCCCCGCAUAGUCCUCCAACCCAUCUCCCCACCCCCCACGACCCCCUCAACCUUCGCAACCCUAAACACUAUCUCCUCCCACCCACCAACCUACAUUCGCGUCGGUACCGGUCCAGCGAAAGACAUGGCACCCCUCAGCUCGCAAACCCGUGAAGCCUCACGCGCCAAAGCCGCACAAGCGCUUGGUCUAGCGGAUGCAGAUGAGCCUCGUGGCAGGACGAAGACGAGAGGACCGAGGAAUUUGUGUUAUGAUCAUUAUCUUCCUUCUACUACCACCACGAAGCGGGAGUCUGGUGGUAGUGAUAGUGAUGGCUCGGGAGAGGGAAAGAGUGAUGCGCAGAAGAUUGCGAGGGAGUAUCAUGCCAUGCUGUCUGCGCAAUAUCGCUCUACUUCCACGGGCUCGGCGGUGACGGAAGGGAGUUCGGAGAUGGAUGUUGGGGCGCAUAUGAAGAUGGUGCCGCAGCCGCUUUUUGGUGAUAAAAGCGCUCCUCAAUCUGGUGGCGGCGGCAGUGGUGGAAGUGGUGGUGGGGGGAGGAUCUUGCAACGGAGCCAGACGUCUGUAUCACCUGGUCAUAUCCGGAAUGAAAGCGUUGCAUCGACACAAUCAAUGGGAAGUCAGGGCUCGUUUCCACUACGUUUAUCGUUCUCGCAGGGUCCGACGACAGCGCAUAGGAGGCGGAGUACCAGUGGGAUGAUCCCUAUCUCGCCGCCGACACCUACUACUGCGGCGUUGCCGUUGGCGAGUAAUCCGUUUGUGAUAAGUCCUGUUGAGGUGACGGGGGAGACGCAGUGGGUGAGGCAGCGGGAGGAAAUGGGGGGGAGAAGGCGGAGGGGUAGUGAGGAUGACAAGAGGGUGUCGAGUCAUUAUCCGCAUGUGAUGCCUAGGCGGAAGAAAAGUGGUAAAGGGCAAGAGAGGGAGAGAGAUCGGUCGCCGGGUGGCUCACCGUUCGGAAGGAAAGGUAGUAGUAAAGUGCGCGAGAGGCCAAGAUCACCAGCCGGCUCACCUUUUAAAAAUCCACUCGCUAGUAAUCCUCCUGCGCGCGAUGACGUGGAGUCGGGACACGACAUCAGGCCGGGAAAUCCUUUCCAACAACGCGUGAUGGAUGGUGGAGCGAAGUACAAUAAACCACUAGCCCUCGACACCACCCAACCGCGCAGCAGCGAAGAAAGCCAGCGCUCCUACGGCUCCCUCGCCUCCCCGACCUCGCCACCUUUCGCCCUCGCCUCGCCUACUUCCCCAAUCCAUCUCGGAUGGUCUGAGACGGCGAAGACGGCCUUCGAUGAAUCGCGGUCGUCGUUCCCGCGGUCGUCGUACCCACCUGCUACACAAACCCUGCACCCCUCUACCACCUUCCCUGGGAGCAGCAGCCAAGCCAUGCGCAAACCAACCAAUUCCUCCAUUCAGUCCUCCAUUCGAACGACAUAUAUCUCCCUCCCAGGCUCCGGACGCACAUCAGCGGAUAGCAGGUACGAGGUUUCAUCUACUCAGAAGCAUGAGCCGGAGAGUCCGGGCCGGAAAUCGAGUAUUUUUGCUGGGAUUGGACGGAUGGAGUCGUGGAGGGAGGGGAAGGCGGAGAAGAGGCGGAGGGAGCUGAAGGGGAGGAUUAGGGUUGUUGUUGAUGGUCAUGAUGGUGGUGGUGGUGGUGGUGGUGGUGGUGGGGAGGUAGUGAAGGAGAAGGGGGUAGGGGACAGGGAGGGGCAGGGAGAGGUGAGGCCCGGUAUGAUGGGGAGGAGACUUAGUGCUUUUGGGUGGACGUGA